GCCUGAAAGAGGGCGGUGCUAGCGCCAGUCCUCUUCCUGAAAAGUCCCCGAAGUGUGCAGGCUCCGCAGGACGGCUUGCAGCGCUUCUCCCUGGAUUCAGUCAUCUAAAGAUUGAGACCAAGAUUUAAAGCAUGGCUGACCUCAAGCAGCUCAUGGACAAUGAGGUGUUGAUGGCCUUUGCCUCCUAUGCAACGAUCAUUCUUACCAAGAUGAUGUUGCUGAGCUCCGCCACCGCAUUCCAGAGGGUAACCAACAAGGUUUUUGCCAACCCAGAAGACAGUGCUAGCUUCGGCAAGGGAGAGAAUGUCAAGAAGUUUGUUCGGACUGACGAGAAGGUGGAACGCGUGCGCAGAGCCCACCUGAACGAUCUUGAAAACAUCGUUCCCUUCCUUGGGAUCGGCCUCCUGUACUCCCUGAGCGGACCAGAUCUCUCUACAGCCCUCAUGCACUUCAGAAUCUUUGUCGGUGCUCGGAUCUACCAUACCAUUUCCUACUUGACUCCCCUUCCUCAGCCAAACAGGGGCUUGGCGUUUUUUGUUGGCUAUGGAGUUACUUUGUCAAUGGCUUACAGGCUGCUGAGGAGCAGACUGUACUUGUAAAGAGAGUUGUGAUCUUCACCAUCUGAUUGUUGUUUUUAAAGAAUUCCAUAUUUCCAAGGCAUUCAAAUACUUUCUAAGGUUUUAUGUAUGAAAGGAGCAGAGAAAUUAGGAAUUGGUGACUAUUCAGUUUAAGGACCAGCAUCGGUGGUCAGUAGUCUCCAUUGUUUUGUAUUUGGGUUAGACAUUUAAUAUAAUCACCCUUAACUAUGUCGUCUAACUUCUAAAGUACUCUGUUACAAGUCUUGAUUUUGUCGUCAUUUGUGACAUUUGUCUACAUUUCCUAUUGUGCAUCUACAAAAGAGUGCUCACACCUACAUGAAGCCUGGAUUUCCUUAUAACUAAAAUAGGCACAUGAAUUAAAAACAGUACAGAUGGA